UAUUGACAUCUGCAAUCAACAGCAACUCUUCAUAUCUCCCAUACCCUUAAAAUGGAGCUCAAGCAAUCUUCUUAUACUACUGUUCUAGUGUUCUUCAUUUCUCUCAUAAUUCUCCCUUCCUCAAUCUCAUCCCAAGCCUGCAAGAAUUCAUGUGGCAAAAUUCCCAUCAAGUACCCAUUCGGAACGGGGUUCGGUUGCGGUGAUCCGAGGUUCCAAAAACAUGUAACUUGCAAUCAGGACAAACUGACUUUGAGUACCCACACUGGCUCAUAUCCUAUCACCAACAUAGACUACACCACCCAACUUAUUUACAUCUCGGACCCUUCUAUGUCAACCUGUUCUUGCACCCAACCAAGCAAAGGCUUCGGCCUAGACUGGGAUGCCCCCUUCUCUUUUCAUGACGACACUGUCUUUACAUUACUCGACUGUUCGACCUCUUCUUCACCUAUUUACGGAAUAAGUACCGAUUCUGAUCAUACUAAUGCCACUAUAGUUCCUCAAUGUGACAGAACAGGAGUUCCUAUAUGCAGUUUCUUGUAUUCCUGUCAAGCUAUAAGUAUGCUCAGUCUUCCCAUAUCUACUUGCUGCGUUUAUGCACCGGUUGAUCUUGGGCCGUCUUUCGAAAUGGAUUUAGAGAAGCUUCAGUGCUCUUCUUAUUCUGGGUUUUAUAGCUUUAAUGGUCAGGAAGCUAAUCCUGAAAAUUGGAAGUAUGGGAUAGCGCUUAAGUAUAAGUUUAAUGUUUAUAAUGAGUAUCCAAAUUCUUGUGGGAAUUGUGAGAAGAAUAAUGGUGUGUGUGGAUAUGGUGGAGCUUUCAAUUCUUUUGUUUGUAAUUGUCCUAAUGGUCUCAAUACCACUUCAGAUUGUUUCUUUGGAUCAGCAUACAGUCAUGGAUCAACUCUUCUCCAUUUGCACAGAGGUGGCUGGUUCAUCUAUUCAUUGGCAUACUUUUCGGCGUGGACAUUAUUCCUCUAGGUUUAUUAUCAAGGAAAAUUAGUAUCGUCUCCAACACAAGGUCAAAACGAUUGUUUCUCUAAUGGAUUUUAAAAACUCAUUAUUUCCAAAUAUUUCAAUUUCAUAUAGCUAAAAUCCUCUUAUAUGAGAAUUUCAGUUAUCCAAUAUAGAGGAAAACAAUAGUUUUGGCCUAAUGUAAUGUGAUGAUAGUAAUUUUCCUUAAUUCUGUUUGCAUAGAGAGCAUGAGCCAAGUUGUAUUAUGUUGAUGUAUCUUCAUAUGUAAGAAAAGAAAUGUUCAAACUUCUUUAUGCACAUCUCACUUAUUUA